GCGCUGAUAAGCGCUUCGUUGGCUGUUACCUAGCGUUGUUGUCUGUUCGAAGCGUCUGGACGAUCAGUGCAUUUUUCGACGCCAAACGAACAUAGACAAGACGGCGGUGAAAUAAAAAUAAAUAAAAAAUUUUAUUAAACAAAUAUCCAAGCGUCAUUCCUAAGCAGUGAAAAUUGAAAAAGUGAGAAAAAAGAUUGCGAAAAUAAAAUUGGAAAAAAUAAUUUAUUGAGUGAGUUUGCAAAGCUGAAGAGUUCACGUUUUUCGUUGUAGAAAAAUAAACCAUAAAUCAUAAUCGACAAAAAAUUAAAGUGCUUAGCGAAGGUGAUAAGCUAACUUAACUAAUUUGCGAUUAUGAUAAGCGCGCUGGUGAAGACUUGAUUAUUUUUGAGUACAAGAAAAAUGUAUAAAUUUGUAAUGUAUGCGCAAAGUCUGCGCGAGUAAGUGAACGGAAGUCAAAGUGAACGCAACAAAGGCGCAGUGAAUUCGAAAGGAUAACGCGCAUUUUAAACGCAAGAGUCUUAAAGAAAAAGUUUGGGUAUCACAAAAACGCAGUGCCGCGCGCGCACCAUGUUUUCACUCGCCAAACUCUGCGCGCUUUGUGCAGUACUCAGCAUCUUCGCCGGUCUACCACGCGCCGCUCAAUGCGACUCAUCCUACUACGAGAAGUACUACAAUGCACGCCGCUUUGUGCCGCUCAAACGCAAUUCGCUGUUACCGUACAACUUUAGCGUUUCGCUGGGUGAGCACACAUUAGCAAGUUACGAGCUUGUCGCCAUCGCUGGUGAUGUUAAACAGUUGGGCGCUUGGCAUGCGGAUAAAGCCAUACUAUUGAAUCGCACACAGGAUCAUAAAGUGUGGACCGCUAGCGUAGCGCUGCCGGUGAAUACGACCAUCAACUAUCGUUACUUCAUUGCGGCGCGCGAUAAUGAGACCGGCGUGCUGCAUGUACGCCGCUGGGAGUCGCAUAUUAACGCGCGUAGCUUCCGCAUGGGCACGGUGUCGGGUAAUCGUACGGACGCCUGCGGUUGGAUUGAUCCACAAAAACGUGAGCUACAACGUGGUUGGUUGAAUGCAGGCAAUAUAGUGCAGUUCAAGCUCUUUCGCAAUCCGUUGAAUGUAAAUGAGUCGCGUUUGGGUAAUGAGGAGUUGCGUUUAAAGCUGCAACCGGUUGAACCGCGUCGCUUGUCUGCCAUAUUGCCCUCCGCUAAGGCUCAUACAGAGUACGUGCGCAUGGUGUAUGGCGAUAGUUUUUUGCGCACACAGCCGGAGUUCGGUGUGCCGUACAAACCCAAUGAUAUACUCAUAUUCCAUACGACGGUGGCGCAGCUGGAUAAGGUCGCCUACUUGCUGAAGUUGUAUGCAACGCAGGAUGGUAGUGAACUCGUGCGUUUAGUCGGCUAUCAAUAUAUUUACCCGGAGUUUCUGCAGGGCACGGAGGGUAGUUUCACUAUUAAUCUGCUAUCGCCCGUUUGGCUGAAUGCGAUUGGCAGUCUGGAGGUGCAGUAUCUGGUCAUCAAGCCACUACCAAACUCCACAGUGGACUUCCAUACCUCGUUCGUCGAUUACUGGCGCAGCAAUUGGACUGCACUCGAUGUGGGUCAUCGCGGUUUGGGCAGGAGUUUGAAGCAGGCCACUAAUGUGGCGCCGAUUAUUGAGAAUACCGUUGCCUCUAUGAAAGCAUCCAUGGAGUUGGGAGCCGAUUUGGUUGAGUUUGAUGUCAUGUUGACGAGCGACCUCGUGCCGGUGAUCUAUCACGAUUACUACAUCUAUGUUUGCAUGGACCCGAAAACACCCACCAGCAAGGCGGACCUCACACAGGUACUCAUCAAGGAUGUGACCUACGAGCAGCUGAAAAAUCUGAAAACCUAUCAGGUUAUAGGCAACAAGAUAAUCGAGUAUCCGGCGCACAAUAAUGUCGAGAUAGAAGACCUACGUCUCUUUCCGCUCUUCGAAGAUUUCCUGACCAAAGUGAAUAAAUCUGUUGGCUUCGAUAUCGAAAUUAAGUGGCCACAAUUGCUUUUGAAUGGCGAGCUGGAGAGCGUACAGACGAUCGAUAAGAAUACAUAUGUCGAUCGCAUUUUGGAUGUGAUGCUACGUCACGGUUGUGGCCGCCUCAGCUUCUUCUCCUCAUUUGAUGCGGAUAUUUGCACGCUGCUGCGUUACAAACAAAAUAUCUAUCCCGUUAUGUUUCUCUCCUCUACCGUGCUUGGCGCUUUCGCCGAUCCACGCGCCGACACUCUCUAUGAUACCGUUAAUAAUGCACAGGCUUUUGAUCUCGCUGGCAUUGUGCCGAAUGCUGUGCACAUACGAAGUGAUCCUAAAUGGAUUGAGGUGGCGGCUAAGCAAGGCAAAAGGGUUUUCCUGUGGGGUGAUGCGCUCAAGGAUACCGAAUCGAUUGAAUGGUUUAAGGCGCAGGCGCCGGCGGGUGUAGUAUACGAUCGGCUGGAUCUUUGGCUGCCGGCGAAUAAGCAAAACGCUUUUGAGUUGGAAGACGAUUUGCCGGACUUCUUUAAACUGCAGUGCUCACCGAACCAGCCGCGCCCAGUGAACUCCACCAUCGAAAGUAUACUUAGUAAUGUGAAUUUGUUGUAGAGUGUAGUUGUUGUGUAGUGUUAACUGUUAUUUAUAUAUUGUAUGUACGAGUAUGUAGGUGUAGAAAGGAGUUGUUUUGAAAAAUGUGUAUGAAGUUCCUUAUUUCCAAAGUGAAUCUUA